AGCUUGUCGGUCCGUCGAGACGAGCGACGAUGCUUGUGUGAGUUACAGACCGAUGGUGUCAUCCAAAUGCAUUAUCAACGGUGUUUGGUGCAGUUGAUGUUCGUUAUAGGCGUCGCCGGAGCAAUAGCUCAGGAUACCGAAGCUCUUACCGACACCACAUCCACCGGUGUUACCGAAGCAUUGGAAGAAAGUCUACAUUCUUCUCCAUCGGAAAAUGAUGCCAAACUUUUCACAAACUUGGAGCAAAAAGUGACCAAUGGUGUUGUUCUGGACAUUAAAUGGGAUGCACCAGACGGCGUCACACAAGUGUAUACUUACGCACUCAUCUGCAGACACAAUGAGAGUGGAUACGAACGUGAAGUUAAAGGCGCUGCCCAAUCAGGACAUGUCACUGUGUCUCUCCACAAGCCCUUGACGACAUUUGAAUGUUCCAUAGCCGCAGUCAGGACAGACGAAAGUGGCGUGCCUGUUAGUGGGCCCUCAGCUACAUUCAGUGUGUCAACUGGUGAAAUCGUUCCUCCAACAGAUGUUACACUUCUUCAACGUACUUCCACAAGCCUUACAUAUUCCUGGUCUGUUGAUACUACCCCCGGUGCGUGGAAGGUUUCAGCAAAGAUAAUAGGAGAUGCCGAAUGCGAGAUUGAUGAUGUCGAAGAGCACGGCGAGAGCCAGGAGAAAGUGGUCGUGCACAUAUUCACAGAUCUCGCGCCGGGGUCCGAUUACAAUAUUUCUAUUCGAAAUUGCCACGACGUGUUUUGCAGCAAACCGACAUUUGUUAUUGGAACUACCGAUCUCCCAGGGCCAGUUACAGGUUUGAAGCAGAAAAUUGUGAACGGCACCCUUCUCGACCUUUCCUGGGACGCUCCAGAUGGUUGCAAGGACUUCGACGGAUAUAGAGUAAGAUGCCGGGGCCUCAGUACUGGCCAAGAAGCAUCGAAAGACGUCGACAGCGAAACACAAGUUUUACUAGAUCUCCGCAAGCCUAAGGAAAUAUUUGAUUGUUCACUACAGCCAUUCGUUUUGAACUCAGCUGACCAGCGCAUAAAUGCGACAGCACUCGAUUUCCAAGUUUCAACUGAGGGCCUAUUUCCUCCGAAGAAUGUAGAACUUGUGGAGCGCACAGGCACAAGCCUAACCUUUUCUUGGUCAAUGGACUCCGAUGCUGCUACGUGGAAACUGACAGCUGCUCCUCUAACGCUGCUAAGUGUUAAGCAUGGCGAUAUCCAAGUUUCUGGUGAAAGUGCCGGCGAGACAGUCAUGCACAACGUGACCAACCUUGCGCCGUGGACAAAGUACAAUGUUUCCAUUGUGAACUGUGAUGUGAGCUACUGUAGUGACCCUGCUGUGGUCACUGAAACUACGGACGUGGCAGGUCCAUCAAAUGCACGAAACCUAUCGUGCAUUAUCGAAAACGACGUGAACGCUCUUUUUGCAUGGGACAGGCCGGCCGAGCCCAAAGGCCCCAUUGAAGGCUACAGCCUUCGCCUGUACAACGAAGACCGGGAAGAAACGAAGUUGUUCUCUGUACCAGGAAAUGCAACCAGCAUAACUUUGAACCUGAGUAACGAAUUCAAUCAGUUCUCCGCAUUCUUGAAGGCUUACAACGUCGACCGGAAUGGAGAAACAGUCCACGGUCUUGAGACAAAAGUCGUCUUCAUGACUCUUGGCAAAGGCCCAGCGCCUCCACGUCCUAAAGCCGUGGUAGUAACCGAUCACGGAGUCGAACUGUCCUGGGAAUGGCCGCAAGAUCCAAGAUACCACAUUACACACUUCGUCAUAAGAGUCGAAGGCCAGCGAACCUUGUCGACUGUUGAGCCACAGCUGGCUCUCGAUAACUUGGAUGCAUGGAAGCACUAUGAAAUACAGAUCGCGGCAUGUGUGAACGAGACCACUUGUGGCCAGGAGCGCACCGUGCAGUUUCAUACAGAUUUCGCAGCGCCGUCUGAACCACUGAAUCUCACGGUCGACCAUGAGGGCACCCACUGGGUUCUUGCACGUUGGGAGGUGCCAGACGUCCUUGGCGGGCCACUGAGCGGAUACAACGUGAGCUUCAGCGACGGCACUACCCAUUUCGAGGUGACGACCACAGAUUUAUCGUUCAACUACACGGAGGCAACUCCCGGAACCAGAUACGAGGUGUCCGUGUACGCUUUCAAUGAGGUCGAUGGCGUUGUAAAACGUGGACCUGCAGCAUCACAACACACUUUCCAGGAAGAGGACCCUCUGAACACGGCCGGUCUUUCUACAACAAGGACGCUUUUGGCUUCACUUGCUACCGUCACCUUGGUACUUAUAGUUGUCGCUGUGAUCCUGCACAAGAAGUGCGCGGCAUCCAGGGAUUCAAAAGAAGAGAAGAACGUUCGCCUAGAGGAGAAGCGGCGGCGUCUGUACAUGGACCGACUUCGAGAAUAAAUUUGAAAUUAGUUGUUAAAUUAA